AACAGAGGAGCCAAUGAGUGCGAGACGUUGAGUGACAGCUGUCCAAUAGAGACCCUCAGUGCUAGUACGGCUUGCGGCUUAAGCGCCGCCGCGGUCUGAGGCAUGUCAACUAUUCAACAUGGAGGCGGAGGUCGAUAAGCUGGAACUGAUGUUCCAGAAAGCUGAUUCUGAUCUGGAUUACAUUCAGUACAGGCUGGAGUAUGAAAUCAAGACUAAUCAUCCUAAUUCAGCAGGCGAGAAAAACCCAGUUACACUCUUAAAGGAACUGUCAGCGAUAAAGUCUCGGUAUCAAACUUUGUAUGCACGCUUUAAACCAGUUGCUGUUGAGCAGAAAGAGACUAAGAGCCGCAUUUGUGCUGCUGUGAAUAAAACUAUGGACAUAAUACAAAAACUACAAAAGCAAACAGACCUGGAGCUGUCACCACUGACUGAAGAAGAGAAAACUGCGGCUGACCAAUUAAAAUCUCACAUACCAGACUUAUGAAGAAAUGGACUGGCAAAAGGGAACACUAAUGGAGAAGAGAUAAUUCUAGAGAAGUUUAGGAAGAUGUCUUGUUCACGCUUGAUGACUAGAGGGAGGAAGGCUGGUAAAGGAGACGAUUUAGCUUGAAUGACUGAAUAAUGAUGCCUUUCAUAGCAGAGAAGAAUAUAAGAAGGGCAUAUAUAUGAAUAAAGUUCAGCCAAAAGGA